AGUGUUGCACAGUGAACGUACGGUUUAGAUUUCAUAAACUCCGAAAGAAUAAUAGAAAUACUGGAAUUAUGUCGAUUAGAAAAUUUUAUAAAAAUCAAGAAGUAUUUAUAACCGGUGGUUCAGGUUUCAUUGGAAAAGCAACGAUCGAGAAACUAUUGCGUUCCUGUCCCAAUGUUGGUAAUAUAUAUGUCUUAAUGCGUAGUAAAAAGAAUCGGAAUCCUGAAGAGCGUUUACGUGAUAUUUUAAAAUCUGCACUUUAUAAUCGUAUAAGACAAGAAAAUCCACAAGUUUUAAAAAAAGUAAUUGCAAUCGAGGGAAAUUGUGCUGAAUUGGGUUUGGGUAUAAAACCAGAAAAUUUGGAGAAAUUAAGGAAUGUCUCCAUAGUAAUUCAUUCAGCAGCAAGUGUUAGAUUUGAUGAUGCUUUACGCGAUGCUAUAAUUUUAAACACACGCGGAACUCACGAAUUAAUUAAGAUCGCAGAGACAUUGAAGAAUCUGAAGGUGUUUGUGCAUAUUUCUACAACUUAUUGUAAUCCGGACAAGCAAGUAGUAGAAGAGGAAGUUUAUCCAGCUUUCGCAGAUUGGCGCACUACUAUAAAACUAGCAGAAACAUAUAAUACUGAAACGUUGAAUAUUUUAAAUUUGAAAUAUAGUAAUAAUCAACCAAAUACAUACACAUUCACAAAAGGAUUGUCUGAACAAAUAAUUAAUGAUUAUAAAAAUAAAUUACCCUUAGUAAUAUUUAGACCUUCAAUUGUUAUAUCAUCGCUAAUUGAACCUUUUCCUGGUUGGGUGGAUAAUUUUAAUGGACCUAUUGGACUGCUAGUCGCCUGUGGUACCGGCAUAAUGCGUACAAUGUAUGGUGAUCCAGAUAUUGUUUCUGAUUUUGUACCUGUAGAUAUUGCAGUACGUGCACUUUUGAUGGCUGCGUAUGAUAGGGCCAUGGAACCGCAUGAUAUAAAUAGAGAAGAUAAUGAUUUGAAAGUGAUUAAUUGUGCCACGGCUUCAGUUUGUCCCAUAACUACUGGUCAAAUUAUUGAAUAUGGCAAAGAGAUUGUGAAAAAAAAUCCAUUUGAUAAAACAUUGUGGGUACCAGGUGGUAGCAUAACACGUUGUCCUGCUUGGAAUUUUAUACGGUUCAUAACAAUGCAUGUAUUUAUGGCAGUAUUGGUGGACUCAGCUUUACGUUUCUUAAACCAAAAGCCCUUCCUUCUUAAAGUACAACGUCGUAUUUAUAUGGCGAAUUUGGCUUUACAUUAUUUUGCCACUACCUCAUGGGUGUUUAAAAAUAAAAACUUAAUUGAAUUAGAUGCAAAUGUCUCGGAUGCUGAAAGAGAUAUAUUUGGAUUUAUGCAGUAUGCCGAUACUGAUCAGAAAGAAUUUCUAUCUAGUGGUCUUCGUGGUGCAAAGGAGUUUUUACUUCUGGAGAAACCUAUAAGUUCCAAAAGAGCUAUUCGACGUUUUAAAUUUUUGGAAGGUCUUCAAUACUUUGUUAAGUUUAUAUCCAUACUAUUAAUAGCACGUUUUAUUAUUCGUUUUAUAUAUACUAGAUACUACAUGAAGUAAAUAUGUAUAA